AGCUCUGGAGCGUAGCCGGAGUGCUUUGUGAUCGCCUGCAGGGAAGCGCCUGAAGGGGCACAACAUGAUUGCUUGUGCGUGAUUGUUACGGUGGCAGCAAAGCGCAGCAGUGUUUCGCGUGUGCGUUUUGCAGUCGACACCGUUCAAGUCGGUCCUGCUGAACAUGCGGACGGUGGGAUGGCGGCGCCGACUGCUUUGGCAUCGCAGGCAGCGUCCAGCAACGCGCAGCUAACGCGCACCUUGGAGCGGCUCCUCGAGGACGCCCAACACACCGGCGAGCUCAAGUUGAACGGCCGCAAGUUAAAAGAGCUGCCGCCCUACGCGGCCAAGUACGACCUUCGGGACAUUGUACAUGCAGACUUGUCAAAGAACCGACUGAGCGAGCUUCCCACCGAGCUAUGCGGCCUAGUGCUGCUUGAACGUCUGGACUGCCACAGCAAUGUGCUGCGUGUUGUACCACCGACUGUGGCUGCAUUGCAGGCCCUGACGUACCUUGACCUCAGCCGAAACCAGCUGAGUGCACUUCCAAUGGCAGUCUGCCAGUUGCCUCUGGCAGUGUUGCUGGUGUCCAGCAACCGGCUAGCAGAGCUGCCAGAGGAAUUGGGCAGGAUGCGCUCGCUCAUGGACCUGGAUGUCAGCUGCAAUGAGCUGUCACAGCUCCCACCAGGCAUCGGGGAGCUGCAGGCUCUGCGGUCGCUACGUGUGCGCCGUAACCGGCUAUUGGAACUACCAGCCGAGCUGUGCCGGCUGCGCCUUUGGCAUCUGGACGUGUCUGAAAACCAGCUGGCACGUCUGCCUCCCCUGCUGCGCCUCAUGAACUCCCUGCGCCACCUCCUGGUCGAUGGGAACCCACUGGUGUCCCCGCCUGCUUUUCUUUGCAGGCGAGGUCAGGUGCACGUCUUUAAGUACCUGGAGCUGGAAGCUGUCAAGGAGGACCGAAGGCGAGGACACCUCAUGGAUGCCGAUGGGAGCCUGCCUCGCCGAGGGGGAAGCCGCACACCGGUGGAUCAACGCCCAGCUAACAAUGGCCAUGUCAAGGAGCCUGCAGGUGGCAAGCGACCGACCACCAUUGAUUCUGGUUACUGUAGCACCUCAGAUGUCACUGAAAGCCGUUGGUCUUUUGAGGCACCGGAGGACCCUUUGCUACCGCCACUGCGGGCAGUUCCCCGGGAGCAGCGGCACGAGCGCCUUUCGGACCUGAGCCUGUGUUCUGCAGCAGGUGGCACUACCACACCCAGCACUCUGAGCCCCUGCUCGGAGACGGGACCCGAGCCCAGCCCUCGAGCGUUUUUUGACGACUCUUCAGACACGGACAUCUCUGAACACGGUGAGGGUGGCACACCUAUGCUGCUAGACUCGCAGUCAAAUGGACCAGCUCUUCCCGAGGUGCUCCCCAACCAUGCAGUCGAGAUGCACAACGGUGAUCACAGUAACGCCUGCGAGCCAACAGUGUCUCCAGCCAGGUCGUGCAAGGAAGCUCCACCUCCACCUCGGCGGGUGCACCAGCAGACGUACCGCGAGUUCAAGGAGGCCCUGAGGCUGCAGCGCUUGGGCCUGGCGCCCACCACCACCACCAAUCACGUGACUGCACAACAGCAGCAGCAGCAGCCACCGCCGCUCAGCAGGAUCGCUCCGGAGGAAGAGUUCCGGGUCCGACACGAGGCCAUUGUGCACCAACAGCGGCUUGAAGCUGCGUGGGCUCAGCAGCGGCUGCAGCAGCCACCCUCUCCCCCUAGCCUGCCGGCAUCACCUUUGCUGGCAUCCAGUGAUGGGAUGAGGACACCACCACGACCGAGCCGUGCUGGCACUCCGCAGGGUGGCGACUUCACCAUCCGCCGAGGCCUGGAGAGGGCACGCGAGGAGCACGACCUUAUCGAGCAGCUUCGAUGGGUGAUCGAGAGCAGACUAAAGGUCCAACUGCCAGCUGAAAUUGGCCCAUCCCUUGUGGACGGAGUGGUCCUGUGCCACCUGGCCAACCAAGUGCAACCACGAUCUGUUGCCUCCAUCCACGUGCCCUCUGCUGCCACGCCCAAGCUCACUCUGGCCAAGUGUCGACGCAAUGUGGAAAACUUCCUCACUGCUUGCCGCCAGCUAGGAGUGCCUGAGGGGGACCUGUUUGCUUGGGAAGACUUGGUGCUUCGUGUAGACAUGGGCCGCGUGGCUGCCACUGUGGCUGCACUGGUGCCUGGCCACUGGCUGCCAUUGGGCACCACUGGUGCCGACCGUUCUCUGGCGUGUCUGCUCCUGGUCACACUGGCGGGAACCUGCCUGCUGCUGCUGCGUGGAUGGCCACCGCACAGUGACAGUAGCGACGAGUGGAGCAUUGUCGACCUUUGGCUUCCUGUGGGGCUCUGCUGCGGCCUCUACCUUCACGCCUGCCUCUGUUGGGCACCGUGACCAUGCCAUCUACUAUCGCUAAGUCCUUUUGGACAAAGAUGUUCCUCUCAGGUUCUCAAGUUAGCCUGCAAAGGCCUGUCGCUUUCAGCUGUUCUUGUGACUCGGAGAAAGUUUUCAUGGGCACAUUCCCAGAUUUCUCGCAAGAGCCCAUGCAGAAUUGCGUUGAGCUUUCCUUGUAACUAAAAAAAAAAAAAAAAAAAGGCUAGGCUCGUUCGGUCUUUUCUGGGCUGCAAGUGAGGAUAGGACUACAUACAGUGGUUUUCAUUUGUGCUUAUGAUGUUUAGGCACAUGGCACCUUGUCUCACCAAGAGUCAUGACAUUGGUGGUCAGUUUUUUUUUUUUUUUUUAUAUUAUGUUCAAAGGGCAACUUAUGCUAAUCUUUAGACACCUACACUUUCAGCAAUCGUAUCCUUUUGAAGGCACAUGUAAGCAGGACCACACUGACUAACAUUGAGUACAUUUAAAACAAAAAAAGAAAGGUUUCAGCAAACUGACUGCUGAGCACCUUCUAGCUUCAGUGGUUACCAUAUCCUUCUGUACUUUGGCUUCCUUUCCAUGCUGCUCUCCUUGUUCACAAUUUUGGCGCAUACCAUUCAGUUUCAGUCCUUCAUAGCUGUGGCCAUUGUCCACGAACACUGUCCACAGUGUGACAUUUGUUUCAAAUUCUGCUGCUGCAUCCUCUGUCUGAUAAUCGUGUGCUUUGUUUUCAUUGGCUCAGGCUUAAUGAGGUUAGCCAGCUUAAAGAAUGGGUUAUCUUAAGUUCUGCUGCUGGCAUUGUCUUCCAUGUGUGGCAUCUAUUCUGUGUUCAGCCAAGUGAGGCAGCUUUUGUGCUGAUAUGCAGCCCUGUUUGUUUUCAGUCGCCAAACAAAUUUUUAGGACGUCUAUUUGCAGUACAGCAAACAAAAAGCAGUGCCAAUCAGUGUGGUGUGUUUUCCACUUUCUGACCUUUACGUUGCUGUUGCAGGGAUGCAGCAGAAAUAUGUUCAUAUGUUCCUCACUUUUGCAUUUUCCCAGCUGAUAAGUCGCAUUUUCACGGUUCCAACUUAACCCUUUGAGGUUCAAUGACGAAAAUAUACGGUGCCGCGAACGAAGUCCAAAAUGGUCGAUGCCAUAUAUUUACGGCGCCGCCUGUAUGCUUAAAAAGCGUGCCAAUGUCCAAACUUUUUCUUUUCUGUCAUGUGCUGCCACUAUGUAGGAAUACUGGAAAUUUCUUUCACACGACUCCCUCUCUCGGUUUUCGUUGCAUGGUUUGUUUUAGCGCUAGUUCACUCCCGUGUGUCCAUAUACUACCGCUUGCGCAUUGGCAUGCGCGCGGGCGGUUGGCGGUUUGGGUUUUGUUCCCCUGGCGGUUUUUGCUGCUUGCGCUUGCAAAACUGAUUGCUAUCUAGUUACUAAUCGCUCAAAAGGCGACCGCUUGUUUCUAGCUCAUUUAGUGCUGACGGGGGUGCGCAUAGAAAGGAUGCCGCCGUGCAUGCGUUUCCGUUGCUUUUUUUUUUUUUCGGUGACUCACAAAAACUUAUUGCCUCUGGUUGGCGAUAAGAUGAAGACUAGCGGACGUUUGUGACAUGUUUUCCUUUUUUGACGGGCACACAAGCACAGUUUUCUUGCGUGCACGCACCUACGCAGUUCGAUUACGCUAUGGAUGUACAUAUUAGUGUAAGAGCAGGAACAUUUGACCGUUGUGAAAUAUUCUCGUGUGCGCAUUUUCAAACCCUGAAAGUAUAACAAUGCAUGAAAUUUUCUAUUAUCAGUUUAUAUCCUUUUUUAUUGUUAUUCAUGAAUGAAGAGUACGUAUAUACAAGCGCAAAUUAUCUUUUUCUCGCUUUACGGUCACCCUAGAAAAAUUGCGGUAAGUUUUUUUCAAAAUAACUCCCUAAAAAGAAUUGGAAUCUGCAGUAAAAAAUGGAAUCUUUAGGGAAAAAAAAUCGACCCUGCGAGGUCGCAUAUGGCAAAAAAAAUCUACCCUCAGAGGGUUAAUACCCAAUGACUCCUAUGUAUUUGGUUCCCAUUUAAAACGUUGCCAUUCUUUAAUGUUCCCACAUGUAUUUGAAUACAGCAGUCACGUAAAUUUAUCUCUGCAGAGGCACAUUUGGAAGUAUGAAAUGCCAGAAGUAUGCGAUCAUUAAUCCCGAUAAGCGUGUCAUGGUGCACUUGUAGUUCUUUUUAACUGCUUAAAGCCAUCUUCGCUGCAAUACAGCGGUGUUAGCGGUGGAGCAUAUUGAGAGUGGAAAGGGGCUGCUUUUAUGUAACAUAAAAAGAGUCCCUUAAUUAUACAUGCAUGCAGAGCUGUUCCUGACAUUGCUAUGGAAAUUUAGGGUCUUUCUUGCCGUUAUGUUUCCCGGCUAUCGCAUUUUUUUUUCCUUCUUUUUUUUCUGCAGUCCCUUGAAAAAUGUUUCAUUGGGGUUCUACUGUAUUACGAAAACAAGUCCUUUCCUUUUUUUGUAGUGUGGUAGGUUCUCAUGAUGCCACACUAGUAUCCAGGUUAAAGCGGUGUUUGUUGAUGCCCAGCUACAUUGCUAUCGUCUGGACCUCGUGCGAAUUUUGAGGACAUGUUAGACUGGUUCAGUUUCAGCUAGAAAAAUGUAAUGCUGUGUGUAGUUGUCUAGUCGGUUGCCCACAUGCUUUAUGGAUUUGAUGCUGCGUCUUACUCGUACCCUUGAGACCAAGUGCUCGAAACAGUUAUGGGCCGUCACUUUCAUCAGUAGCCGGCAAGCAAUGUCUGCUGUACAUUUUAGGUCAGCUUUCAUACUUCUGCUGAUUUUGCUUAACUGAGCCUGUAAAUACAAUGUGAUUCAAUGGUGUUUCCCACACGGACCUUCGAAACCAAAUGCUUAAAAGGGCCUGGGCUAUCUGUCACUUUUGUAAGUAGCCUGCAGGCAGUGUUGUCUGCUCUUUCCGAAGGCCCUGCUCUGCACCCUAGUUAGCUUUCAUGCUUCCACUGAUUUCACUUAACCUAGCCUGUAAAUAUAAUGUGGUGGCUAUUUUUCACUGCCUCUAUAUUUUUUACAUGGCCUUCAAUUUAACUUACAAGUAGUAAUUCUGACCGUAUAUUUAUAUAAGCUUUUAAGUGGUUCCUUUCUAAAUCAGUUUAGGUCAUUGAGCAAAUGGAGUCACACUGAACAAAGUAUUGUAUGCAGACUUUCUGAGCAAUAAGUACUUAGUUAUAUUUCGUUUAAAUUUCUUAUAGUAUUCGUAAAAACUACACUAAAGAAAAGGUGCAUUAAAUGAUGAAUAAAAGACAGUAUUUAGAUUGCAAACUCAUUGGUUAUUCGCCACAUUGCUAACCAAUGCCUCUUCUUAAAAUGUACCCCUAUUUUGUUGCGUUUUCUCAGACUGAGGAUCCAAGUGUCCUACGAAGUCAUUAGGCACUUUUGUUGUUCCUGCACUGCUAGCUCACAUUUCAAGAUGAAUGGCAAUUUAAAUGCCUAUGGGGUACUGUUUGUGAGCUCUCAAACAGCCGUAGCUCACGAACCCAGGCUUGCACUCUUGAAACGGACUGAACAUAGUUGGUCUGUUUUAAACAGUGAGCACAGGCAGUUGUGCCUUUUACAUGAUGUUAUAACCAGCGCGAGAGUUGACACGGAGCAUGGAAAGAAGUGACAAGGACAAGCGCUUGUCCUUGACGCUUCUUUUUUGCGCUUGUCCUUGUCAUUUCUUUUUGUGCUCCGUGUCAACUCUCGCGCUGGUUAUAUCGUCAUGGUAUACCAACUAGCCCUGUCUCACACCCUGCCUUCGAUGUUCCUUAAUUUUUUCCACAUUGCAGCUAUGUUACAUUCACUGUGAAGUGUACAUUCGUGCAUCAUAAUAUAAUAGUCACGCCACCGGUACUUUUUGUAAUAAGUGCUGCAUUUUUUUUUGUGUCACACUUGAAGAAACUGCUUUAGGAGGUGGCUUUAGCUCAGGGUCAACUUGAUGUCCCUAUUCAGAUAUAAAUGCUCCCGUCAGAUGAACACUGAAUUGAUCAGAAUUAUUUUCUUCCUUUUUUCUUCAUUUAAGACAAAGCUAAAUUCUAUUUGCUCUUGGAAGCAAAAUUUUGUUUAUGACCUUAACUGUUUUGCAAAUAUUUCCAUAAGUUAGUAACUUUCAAGAAAAGAUUUAAUUUCCAAGUUUACCAUUCUAUAGCUCUGCAACAAAAACAGAGAUCACAGUUCUGUACACUAUAUCUGUUAAAUUGCUUAAAAUGUACAAAUAUGAUGUAUUAAUUUACAACUUAUGUAAAAUAAUUGCGUUAGUUAUAAUUUUGUUGAUCACAUUUACAAAUUAUUUCUACUAUUUGGAGCAUCUUAUAACACAUCAGUUUUUGCCUCUUAAGAUAUCUGAAUAAAUGCGCUUUACAGAAUUGGGAUUCUUUUUCUUGCCAAGUAACAGAUUUGUAAACUUGAUGCUUGUUUAUUUCUUCAUAAUUUUCAUAUUUUGGCAAUUUAUGUUGAAAGACUUGAUAGCCUACAUCAUAAAUUUGCUUUCGACAGCCAGUAAGUAUUUUCUUUUUUUCCUUUUUUUUUGUAUGCAACAACCCUGAUUAAAAUGCUGAAACAUAUAUCCCUUCCCACGUAUUUAGAUAGGAGCUUGCAAGGUUAAGGUUCUUCUUAAAUUACAAAUGUCAGUCACUUCGAUGCAAGGUAGGCAGCACAAACAUGAUUGGUCAAAAUGGGCAGCAUAUCUGGCACGGCCAGCCUAACAUGUCCAUAUAUUAUCAUAAUGAUUGUCAUGAAUUCAAACUUGUAAGCACUCAUAAAAGCCCCCUGUUAGGGCAGCACUUUGCAUCUGCAAGCGCUGUCUAUAGAGUGAUGCUGCAUUUGGGCGAGUUGCUAGUGCAUUGUGCAAAGGAACCGAAAGGGAGGCACCACCCUGCACAGGCGCUUAUUCCAGCUGCCUCAUUUUCUUGUCUGUCAUGUUGGAAGAACCCUCAAGUGGCUCAUGUACGGGCUGUCCCACCACAUGAGUGGUUAGCGGAACUAAGCUUUGAGCAAAAAUACUCAUGCACUAAGUGAAGACGAAACUGUCACAUUGUUGUUGAAAGACAUGUGAUGUACUUAUUUAGUACUUAAGGUUAAUUAGCCAACUUUAUUUUUUAUGUAGCAGAGGUGUCAGAAAAAAGCUGAGCGAGCAAGUGGAGAAAUGAUGAUGCAACACACCUAAUGACAGUUUAUUUUGGAGGCAUUUGCAGAGCACUAAAGAGGUGUAAGGGUCCUAAAAAUAUCUUGUGCUGAGCUUAUGAGCACUUUUCAUAACCCAUCACUGCUGUGUGCCCCAGUUCACUCAGAUUUCUUAUUCUUACAAAUGCUUCACUUGUUUUGUUCAGAUUUCAAAAUGGAAAUGUAAGUUCAGCUCAGUGCUUCCUUGGUUUUCUACACACAUCAUACUCAAAGUUUCCAUGUAUCUACAAUCAUUGAUUAAAUAGGUGGACAUCAUGGAUGUGGAAGUUAUCCUUCCAAUGCAGAUGUUGUCACGCUUAUGCAUUGCACAAUUAUUUUUUUUUGCAAAUUGCAGGCACCACUUGGUAUGUUCUUCCUGAAAAAAAAAAAAAAUGUGCAAAGAGGAGUUGCAAGAGUUGUCUCCCCCAGUUAAUUGAACCUGAGCAUGAGCAUUUUCACAUUGUGUUAAGUACAUCAAAAUGCAAUUUAUCAAAUUUUUAUAACUAGUUUUGAAAAGGUAUAUGAGAAUAUGUGAAGAUAAUAUAUGAAUCUAAUUAGUGGGAGUUUUAAAAACCAACAGUGCAAAGCUACCUUUAUUAUUGGAUUUAAGCACAAACUCUGUUCAGCUGCUUAUCAAAAGUUCCAUUUGGCUAUUGGUUAAAUGUCAGUGUCAAGCUGCUGUGGUCACUUGGGUUCAGAGGGCGCUGGCCUUUCUUGGCAUUGAAGGAAUCUGACAUCUCAACAUUGUUUCCCUUGCUUGCUGCAGCAGUUGCUCAGUGCAUCUUUUUUUAUGCAUAGGCUCGGUGCGUUUUCUGAAACUUAAUUUUUCUGAAGCAUUAUAGCUGAAGUGCGCUUAAAAGGUAUUGUCUUGGCUCACAAGUUACCAUGGAUAUCCAAGCUGCAUAUGCUUUCCUUAAGAGCUGUUUGCAGCCCAAUAAAUGAUGUAUGAAGCUAAUAUUGUAUGAUCCCUCUAGUCCUGACUGCUGUGCAUAGCAAAUUAUAUAAAACCCCUUUUGCUAUUUCAUAUUGGGGCAUUAUAUGAUAAAAACAAACACCUCUGUUUUCUCUGUGGUUUAUCAUGUUUGCCAUGAAAGAGUACAUACAUAACAUGAUGCUCGCACUGUGUCUAUUGAAGCUGUGGAACUAAUGGCAGAGAUGUCUGCAUUUUUUCACUUUGCGCUGCUACCGCAUUCAGGAAAGACAGGUGUUGUUUCUGGUCAGAGUGUUUCAGCGGUUGUUCCCCCCCCCCCCCCCCCCCUUGGGCAUUGCUCGCAUUUUGUGCCUAAUGUUGAGGCCCUUGAGGCUUGGCUUAGUGCUGUAUGCUGUUUCCCCAUCAUGAACGUACUUGUUUGGAAAAUCUCAAUUUCUGUGCCUGCUUCUGGUGUGGGCAAGGUGCGGGUGAUUUGCGUGUGAUAAUGGUUUCUGGAAACAAGACAAUAGAGCCAGUGAUGUGAUCAUGUUGGGAAAGCGUAGAGAAACCCUUGAGGGGCAGAGUUUUUCACCCGUAUUCAUAGUUGCGGGAUUACCGUGCUGUUACUUAACAUUCCGGGCCUGGUGAGCAGCUUGUUGCACCUUUCUUCUGAAUCAUGGAUGUGUCUUUUCCAUGCCUGUGUGCAUUCUGAGGUAUGCAAGCCUGACACCAUAACGAACAAAGUAUACAUUGUCCUGCUGUUUCUGUGUAUUGUUGUCGUAAUAGCGUGUGUGUUUUAGGUAAACCCAAACAGGCAGCUGGCGCUUGUGUUCUGGUUCUGGAAGCUUGCAUGUGAGAAGGCUCCUCCAGUAAGAGCUUAACUUGAGUUGUGAACACUGAUAGCCCUUGUUUCACUUGUUUUGUCACGUUCAUUUGCUCACAUCAAGAUGUCUGUGUAUAAACGGCAAGAGCACAAAUAUUUUACUGUGAAAGGCCUGCUAUGCGCAUGGUAACAGGCACUGCACUCAGAAACACCUUCCAUCUGUUGAAAACUAAUGCAUCUUAUAGUUUAAUGCAGUGUUGUGCAUUUGUAUUCUGUCUUCAACAAUUAACUGUGUUUUUAAAGUGCUGCCGCUAGUCAAGAUGCAUUUUUCCUUAUUGAAGAACUUAUAGACUUGAAACCUUGAUUUCUGGUGCUUUUUUAUAUGUUUUGUACCUGCAGUUUAGUGCACCAUUCGGUGUGCAUUUUUUUAUACUUUGUGUGUUCUUUUGUGUGUGUGUCCCUGAAAAAAUAUGGAGGCUGUAUAAUUUAAUUUACACAGUUUAAGUCAGUAUAAGUUUAGUCAUUAUUGUUAGUUUAUCAUUUUUCUCAGAGAGGUCUCUCGUGUCCUUUUCCACUAAAAUAAUCUGGUGACUUUUUAUAUCCUUUGUAGUAUCCGUUCUACUUGUCCUUGUUAUUGCUCUAGAAUAUUGUUUUGAGUAUAUUUUUGUAUUAGAGCUCGUGAAGUAUUCUGUGGCUGACUGCUGAUUCUGAGUCCUAUGCAUUACGACUCUGUCAAGUAGUUCUCAACCGCCUGUUGGUUGCUCACUGCAUUGCCUCAUGUGGACUCAUCUCUGUUUCUAAGGGUCACAUGCUUGUGUCCGAAGGAGUGCUCAGGGAAAUUCCCUGUGUGCAUUGUUUGUUGAAUAGUGACGCUAUAGAAAACCAGUACCCUGAGUCUCCAGGUUUGGCAAUGGUGCUCUGGCUUUAUGGCAGUCGGAUGGGAAGUGUGGGAAUACUGCACUCGCAAAAAUAUACAGUGACUUGAUCGUUAAUUCCAACAGCUUUUAAAUGCUUUGUGCUUAUGGCUUCUUUUUCACUGAAAUUUAAUAACAUUGCAUUUUCGGUCUGCAUCAUCAAAACGCUUAUUGUUCUCUCCUGCCUUACAAAAUUUAAUUUUUUUUUUUUAAGCUUUGCUGUAUGUGCACCCUUUUAUAGGAAAAACAAGCCAUUUAAAAUAUGUGAACUGGUUUCACUGCCUGUCCUACUACUACUAAAAGUCGAAAUGAAACAAACAGCUAUGUUAGGGGUUAUUCAGGGAAAUUCAAGGGAAAAACUAGCACCAGUAAGGACAAAAACCUUUUUCAAAAGUUGUAAUAAAAAUGGAAGUUACUGUGAGGCAAGUUUUGCGAGGGGAAGCACGUGUGUAUAAUAGUUAGGUAUAAAAAGAACUUUGCAAUAUAAUCAGAACUGUGCUCCAGAUAGGAGAUGUGACAAUUUCUUCUAUUCCUUGCAUCAAGCCGUGAUGAACUCAAAAUGCUGGAGUAAGAUUUGCAUAACACCAGUCUUUCAGUGUCGUGCAAAUAAUGAAGGCAUACUUGCGCAGUAAGGUAUGCAGGUCUGUGCAGGUUGGCAUUGAAGUGACGCCAUGAUGAAGGAAAAAGAAACAGAAGCGCAAACUGGUCAAACAGCCUGAUCUAUGGCACUCUUAAAUGAACUGUACGCCCUCUAUGGCUUAAUUUUGCCCAAAAAUAGUUGUUGAUCUCACAUAGGUUUCUGUUCUUUAACACUCCGCACUUAAUACUUUCCUCGUAGGAACGCCAUGCACUUUUCAGUGGCCCAUUGUGUUCCUGCCAGGAAAGUACUCGGCACACGCCAUUAAAACAGAAAUGCGCACAUCGGUAAUGAUGAUCUAUAUUGUUGGGAACAAAUGACACACAAAAGGGGUGUGCAAUUUUUAAAUAAACAGUGUAGUACUGUGAUUUGUACUUCUGGACCAGGCUGCAAGUGUACUCAUACUCACAGGGGAUGCUUUGCUGUGUUGGCUCACAUAUCUGCUAAACCAUUCUACUUAAAACCCACAACUAGAGUUGCAUUAUACAUUUCAUUUCCUUAAGUCAUCAAGUCUCGCCUUUCAUCGCAUUCAAGCAAAUGUGGUAUUCGAAACUCCAGUGAAGUGUAUUUUGCUGAUUGAGCAUUUGGCAUAGAACCUUGUGUAUUGAGUGUGUGUAUUCAGAUGGCACUGUAUUCUAGAAGCCCUGGAACAUUCACACCUGUAUUUAUGCAACUGGCUUCAUAUAGCCUGCAUGUUUGGACUGUGCCUGUCCUUGUUGCUGGAAGGAGGGCUUUUGCCCAGUAGAAGUGCCUGUACUGAAUUUCGUGCCCUUGUGGGGAAAUUUAGGUUGGAUUAAGAAGUGACCACAACCACUGCACAAGUUGUGCACUCUCUGCGGCCCAGAACACCUCAUUCACUGCUCCUGUUGCUUCCUUGUGUGCACUGCAAAACAGCAGCAGUGCGCAUAAUGCAGCCAGAUGCACACGCCAGCCUUGUGCCAUGAAAUAUACCAAACAGCUCACUGCCGAAGUUCACUGCAAGGCUCGCUUUGCUGUAAAAACAAAAAAAAGCUUAGAAAAAAGAAACAGCUGCUGCAUUUGUUUGAUGAUCAGUGAUAAUUAGUACAGUAUAAGUGCAAGGGGUGCUAGUUGGUGCAACUAUUACUGUUGAGAUUACUUGUUGCACACAUAUGCUCCCCCAAAAUGUAGACAUGCUGACAACAGUCUGUAGUGCUCCAGAAGGGGCACAAUGGCCACCUGCCUGAAAGAGGUUGUCACGAAAGAGGCAUAGGGGCAGGAAGGAAGAGAAUUGCACCAGCAGGGGAAUUGGAGAGAAAAAGGAGCAGUCUAGAAUGCACCACGAAGCUCAAAUGCAGGUCUUAGAAAGCAUGCAAUGUUAAAAAAAGAAAAGUAAACAAAGAAAAGACUUAGAAAUGCAGCUGUUCAGUGUCUGGCAAGCUUUCUUUAAAAAUGUAAGGGGAAGGAGCACUUUCAUGACAGUGGGCGAGGUUAUGUUGCGUGGAGUGAUGGCGAGCUUAUGUAUUCAGUGGCUGUGGUGAGUGCACAAGAACUGUGCGUCCUGAGUCGUUGCCCUGUGCAAGGUUGCAUGGACAUUUUGGGUCCACCUUGAGGCACCCGCAGAAGUGAUGACAGAGCCAGAUAUAUUUUCGCUUGUUUUUUUUCUUCAAAGAGAAGUGUGCCGAUAGGUCUUCUGGCGUGUCUGAUGAAACUGUUAAGUCCUUUGAAAUGUAAGUGCUCAUGUUCCAGCUAAUUAUUUUGUUAGCGUUCUAAAGAAUAUGCUCAGUGAGACUUUUUUUUUUUUUUUUUUUUUUUUUUUUUUUACUGUAACCGGAACGACAGUCUUACCUCCUGCAUUUUCAUGCUGUUCUACGCUUUCAUGUAUGAGGAACGCUAGCAAAGUAGUCUAGUAAUUUCAGUGUGUGAAAUCAAACUGUGCUACAAAGCUGUUAGUCAUGGACACAUAUUUCUUGAAAUAAAGAUAAUUAUGUAACUUCA